AUGAACACCUCAGGCUUCAUGGACAGGCUUCCCCCGGAGCUUGUCGCAAACGUCUUCGACUAUGUGCAGGCUGCGCACGCACUUUCCGCCGCGAUGCUCGUCAAUCGGCAGUGGUACAUGCACGGCGCACGGAAUCUACAUGCCCGGCUCGUUCUAAGGAUCGGCCUCAACAUGUCUAUAGAUUCACAACACGCAGUCAUGUCACUGAUGAAACGCCUCGUUUCUCCGACGCUCUCUACUGCUCCUCUGGUCCGCCACCUGGUCGUCGAUGGCGUCGCAAGCGCCGAAGUCCACAUCCUCCUCCUCGACAUCCUACAUCGCGCCACUGGCCUGCGCUCGCUCAACGUAUGGGGCCUCGGCUUGACGCAAAAUCGGCCAUUCUUCCCACCCGACGCGUUCUCCACGCCACAUUUUCUUCCCAGCAUUGUGGCGUUCAACGUCAAAGCCGGGUUUGCGCCAUACCUCGGGCCCCUCAUCCACGCACGCCGCAUUCACGCGCUGCGUGUACACGAGGCGAUAGAUGACGUGCUCCUCCGCCGCAUUACGGACUCUAGCGGUACCCUCGCGAGUGGGAUCCAUAGCCUAGAGCUCGUCAUCUCGGCCCAGACCGGUGCUGUUGCUGUAGAGCGAAUGGAGCACCUCGCGUCCGCGCUCGAAAGCGCUCCCUUGCGCGCCCUUGCGGUGCAAUUUCGUAUAGGGUCCGUAUCAUGGAUCGAAUUCGAGGACGCUAUCGGGCAGAUGGGCCCCUCGUUGCGUAAACUCGGCAACUUAAGCAUCCUCGGCCUUACUACCAGCCCUGAUCCGAUUAUGCACGUCUCGGACUCGGCGGAACUAGGGACCGGGAAACAGCGGCGAGAGCGGAUGACACGGUCAUUGGCUGAGCGGCUCAUUGCGGACCACGGCCUUUCGCGACUCAGCCGCAUCGACCUGCGGUGGCACGGGUGGAAGGUGAAGGACGGACAGCUGCACGCGGUGGCUGAAUCGGAGCUUCUGAGGCAGCCGGCCAACUGGGUCUACAAACAGUUCAGCAUCGAAUCCCCAUGA